CGACGAUAAUAAUCUGAGCACAGCUGCAAGCUCCGUGCGAGCAGGGGGGGGGGGGGGCUACUCUGAGAGUUUUAUUUGGCUCCGAGUGAAGCAUUCCACGUGUAGCCAUGGCGCGGUCUCCAUCCGCAGUCGAGGGCCACGCGGCGCCCAAGUGGCGGGGCCCUGCGCGACCACCCACGACCCGCGCGGGUCACGAGCGGGGCCAUCUGCGCCCUCUCUGUUGCCAACCAACAGAGGCCGCCUGCCCCCCUCCUCCUUCUCCCACCAGCCCCCCACCGUGCAUGUGUGGCCACUGGCAAGAGGCUGGCUCACUCAGCGUGCGUCUCGCGAAGAUCCGUUCCGUCAUCUCCACCCAGCGUCUCUGUCGUCGCUCGGACGCGUGGAGCACGCGGCCGCGGUGUUUCUCGGCGAGUGGCCCAACCCACACCCCGGUCGGCCCCUGACCGUCAGGGCAGUGGUGGUGCCGGCACCAUGAACCACUCCCUGUGGCUCAAGGCGGAGGAGAUGGUGUCCUGCUACUACGAGCAGCUGUACCAGACGACACUCUUCCAGCUGUCCCUCGUGCCCGUGGCCCUGCUGUAUCAGAGGCUCGUGGUCAAGCGGCGCAUCUCGAUCCAGCUAAGGUACCUGCUGCUGCUCGCAGGGGGCCUGUCCGUGCUGCUCGCCUCCUUCGGAACCUCCGCGGCCCUCGUGCUCCUCCCGGCCGCCGGCUCCGUAACGCUGACGCGCUGCGUGCCGCCAGCAGGCCUCUUCCACCGCACGCUGGUGCUGCAGAUGGCGUGGCAACUGCUGUGCCACCUCCACGUGUUCUUAUCGCAGCAGCAUGGCGUGGGCACGGACAAUGCGGGGCACGCCCUGGUCAUGCCCAGCCUGAUGCUGCUAACGCAGCGGGUCACGUCCCUCGCUCUCGACGUCGAGGAGCGCCGGCCCCGGUGCCACGGGGGGCGCCCCGCGGCUCUCCAGCACCUCGCCUACCUCCUCUACUUCCCCGUCAUCCUGGGCGGCCCGCACUGCUCCUUUUGCGACUUCGUGGAUUACGUGGAAGGCGCCGACUCCGAUGGAAACCGCGACCUGAAUCCGAGCCGCUGCGUGUGCAAGAAACUCGUCGCGUUCUUCCCCCUGGACGUGCUCCGGGGGUGGCUCCUGGCGCGCUGCUUGUGCCACUGGGAGCCCGCCUUUCGCGACGAACGCGACUUCAUGCUGAGGUCGUCCUUCCUGCAGAGAAUGUGGCUGCUGUGGGAAACAGCCCUGGCCAUCAAGCUGUGCUACUACACCCAGUGGCUCCUGGGGGAGGCCCUGACCGUCGCCGCGGGCCUGGGCUACAGGAGGAGCCGGCGGGCCGACGACGACGCCGGUCCGGGGGGGGGCCGCCCCGUGGGGGAGCCCGGGGCGCUGGGCACGGGGCCGUCCGGCGGCAGCAUGGCUGCCGCAUGGGGCGGGCCGCUCGCACGGAGGCCGCGGGGACUCGAGGGGGAGACGGCAGCACGUGCGAGAGGAGACGGAGCGGACGCCGCGAGGGCCGCGCUACGCGGGUUGGGAUCGCGGACCCCGUCGGCCGGACGGGCGGGGGGGGCGCCGACCGAACGGGUGAAGGGGGGCGGCGGCGGCGGCCAGUGGGACGAGCUGUGGGACCUGGACGCGUGCGCCCUGGAGGGCGCGUGCCGCAUGUCCGCCCUGGCGCGCACGUGGAACCGCACGGCCGCGCUGUGGCUGCGCCGCGUGGCCUUCGCGCGCUCGCCCUGCCACCCGCUGGCCGCCACCUUCGCCUUCUCGGCGCUGUGGCACGGCCUGCACCCGGGCCACUGCGCGGCCAUGGCCGCGUGGGCGCUCGGCGUGGAGGCCGAUCGCCGCGUGAGGGCCGCGCUGGCGCCGCGCUGGCGCCGCUCUCGGCCGUGCCGCGCCGCCGCGUGGCUCUGGACGCAGGCGACGUUCGCGUUCGUGCUGCUGCUCGCGGAGUUCCGGGGGCGGCGCGGGGGCCUCGUGCUCGUCACGCGCUGCACGAGCGGCCUCGUCCCGCUGCUGCUCUGCCUGCUCGCGGUGCUGCUCGUCCCCAGGCAAACGGUGCCGUCGACGCUCCCGAAGGAAGCGGCAGCAGCGAAAACGGCAGAAGCCGGAGCCCAUGCGCUCCCUUCCACGAUUGCAGCCAUGUAAUAAUAACUCACCACUGCUGGAUUUCACCAGAAAUAAAAAAAGAUGUUUGGCAUUACUCACUAGUCUACUGCUUUGAUCCUCAUCUUCUUCUUUCGUACGAUGGGAUAAGCUUACGAUGGGAAGUCGAGUUUGGCGAUCCACUGGGUGGCUUUCCGAUGCACUUUCUGUGGCCGCAGCACAGACGCUGGCGGAGUGUGGCCGGUCCCUGCUGGUGGUGAACGUGAAUAAAGGCGCAGGCCACGAGCUAUCGGCG